UGCGAGGCCCAAGUCAAAGAUCCAAAAAGAACAGGUCGACGAAAGCGACCAAAGCGAGGAAAGCGACCAAGCCACAAAAGCCACAAGAAGCGACCAGCGACAGAGCGACACGACAGAGAAAUCAAGCAAGCAAAUGCUCGAGUGACGAGUCGUAGCAGCAGCACAACCAUACGGUACCAUAUAACCAACGAGCUCCAAACACAGAAGCAAGAAAGCAAAGAAUCAUGAAAAAGAUAGAAAAGAGAUUGAUCCAGAUCUUCAAGAACCAAGAUGGUCGAACCGAGCACCAUCUUCACCCGCGCGAAGUGAAGUUCGUCUUGGAUGCCUUGGCCAAGCGACCAGAUCUGGCGACCAAGGAUUUCAGCUGCCGUCGUAUGGCCUUGUUCUUCGAGGGCACGCCUCAAUACCCAAUCCUUCUGUUGGCGGCUGGCGGAGCUUUGCGGUCAGAAAUUGAGACUGUUCACGCCAUUUGCCCUCAAGCCAUCAUGGACGGCACGUGUCCCUCUCCAGCCUUUCUCGCUGGCUUGUUGGCACAGACUAAAGUCCGAAGCAAGACUCUCUUGUUUUUUGUGACAAGUGUCCCUUACUUUAUGGCGCAUCAAGGCGACCAUGUGUUACUCGAGAAGCUGCUCGAUUUUGUCGUGUGGCGUCCAUUCAUUUCCGAGGAAUCCAUCUUUCACAAGACCAUUCGCACCAUCCGACAGCUUUUUCUUGUCAAUCCAAGGUGCGCCGAUGGCGACGCUCUCAAUCAAAUUCUGGAUCGUUGUCAUGAACUGCCAGAUGACAUUCUCUACAACAUAGGGCAAUCUGUGGCGGGCAACAGCCCUGGUGGAACUUUGGAACGCCGCUUCAGCCUCACUGGACACAGUGCGGCGCUACUGGCCCGUUGGAUUCUUCCAAACAAUGCUCUGUCCGGGUUUGUCGGUUGCUGGGAUGGAUACGAAGACUCGGACUCAUUUUGCGUACUCUUGAAUGCCUUGGCCAGUUUGUUGCAACAACCAAAUUGUAUUCUUUAUGGGAUUGCACUCGGGUUGCCCAGCAAGAUUCUCAGCGAGAGCCGGGAAGCUCGUCAAGCGCUCAAGCGAAUGGUGCGUUGCGGCAGAAAUAGCAGCAGUCUUGAGCAUUUUGAAUUGUACUUUCUCCGUCAUGACCGACUCGGAAGGAAUACCUAUUCCAAUGACAACCUUGCCAUGGAGGCAAUUGCACAGGGCCUGACAGAAACGACAACCGGCAACCCAAGCAGCGGCUCUCUGCUAUCCUUGACCAUCAACAAGUUUAUUUUGACUAGAUCCAAGAGCUUGGCAUGGCUUCUCACGAACGCUCACGCCUCAAAGAAGCUGUUUCUCCGUUCGUUUGCUCUCAAUGGACCCCUUGUUCCACCUGACAACCUCUCGUGUCUGGAAGAAGUUCAUAUGGCCGGAUGCAUCAUGCCCCGACACUUGAUCCAGGCCAUCGUGAGGCUUUUGGCUCGCAGCGCUCCUGCUCUGAAACACUUCACUUUUGAGCCGAACGGUUCUGCUCGAGUAGAUGCCACAUUGCCUCUAUUGGGCUUGCUGGAACAAGCGACCAAACUGGAAGAGUUGACACUCUCGCAAGUGAUACAAGUCGAUCCAGUGCCUUUCUGCAACGCAUUGAGAAGCAACCGGUCCCUCCGGAAACUUGAAAUGGAUCCCGGAACGCAAGCACUUGUGCUGCUAAUGCGUCACUGUCUCUGUCAGAUGCUAGAGUCGGGAAACAUGACACUCCAACAGGUAACGUGUGGGGAAGCGGGCACCGACAUGUUCGGAAAGAUGCAGUUUUACCUUGAGUUGAACCAGUUAGGGAGAGACCGUGUUAGAGACCUUUGUACCAUGGAGCAGCUUGUUCCAAUCUUGCGGGGUGUGGCGACAACCACGUUUGGGUGCAAUGACAAGGAGGUUGGGCUUCUGUAUGGGUUGCUUAGGGAAAACCCAGCGCUGUGGGCAACCGCAGCAGCAGAGGCAGCGACGAACAAGAGAGCAGCGAAUGGCCAUCCGACACGGAAGUGGAAACGCCUCAGACGGCCCCGCUCUAGCUAGCUACUGCAGACCCGUCGGGGACGAUGGGUACCGGUACCUGGUACCCGCACCUGGGGUACCGUGCGACGGUGGUGCGGUUUGCAGAUGAGGCUUGCCUUCCUGGUGGCAAGGAAGACGAUCACCAAAGUUGAACACUACCCAAAGCUGAACGGUAAUCCUUUGCCUUGUUUCAAAGCUAUCUCGUGUUUAAGAUAGAGUCUUGCAAACCCGAGUUCCAACAGGAGACUCUGUUGAUUCGCCACCAGCUCGUUUGGCGUUGUGUCACCAGGUGGUACUAGGGUCGCGGGACGCUGUGCUUCUCAUUGAUGGUGGUCAGCUGAUCAGAUCGUGCUCCUUUCGUGACGCAAACCUUGGACUGUUAUGUUACAGUAGUUUCGUCUUUUCCCCAGCCACACCGGUAUCAGCCACUUCUAUCUGGCCUCAAACUGAAGUGAAUGAAUCAAUCGAAAAUAAGUCGGCUUUGGAACUGGUCUGCUUGGGUCACCAAACAAUCGCACGUACUACUAGUACCGUUGUAUGCUCCCGUACAGCCGAAGGAAUGCCGCGAGUUCUGGUUGAUGGGGGCAUUGCAGGGAAAGGCCUCAGGCGACUGAGAGCAGCGACGAAGGACAAAAGGAAAGAGCAAGAAACCAGUCACCUGCAACCUCCAGAGCUUCACCAGUCACUAGACAUUCACCAAGAAAAGACUUGAGUCGAGUCAGCCCAUCAAAUUUUGUGGCUAUCUGCAACAUCGAAGCGGUUGAAGUAAACUGACAAAAACUCAAAUUGAAAACUGAAGUGAAUGAUUCAAUCGAAUCGAAUCGAAUCACUCCAGCUCCUUGGGUCGCAAUCGCACGCACGGUAGUACGUAUGCUCCCGUGAAGCUGCAGGAGUGCCGCGAGUCUUGGUUGUGAUUGUUGGCCAGGGAAACCGAGAGCACCGACGAUGGACAAAAGGAAUUGAGCAAGAACUAGUCAGCAGUCACCCGCUCUACGCAUUUCUGCAAUUUGUGGCGACCUAGCACGUCGGAGAAGUUGACGCAAACUGACGAAAAACUUGAGUGUUGCGCAAAAAAAAAUAUCUGAUUGGGUGGGGCGCCGUAGAGGCCAUAAGAUGCAUGCAGAACCUUGUCCAGGGAAGCAAAAAGUGCGGAAGUUCAAAGAAAGCAUCUGCGGCAGUACUGGAAUAUCCGCGGGUGCAUUUACAGCGACGUGGUGGUCUGCCGCAAGUUGACUUCUGAGCAGACGAGUACUAGCUAGUAGUCACAAUUUCCAACAACCAUAGUUUUGAGAGACAUCAAAGCCAACUAAAGAAAGCUACCUACUUCCAUCAAUACAAUGAAGUUCCCAGCGUGCAUUGCCAAACGUGUGAUGGGAGCAAAGUCCCUGCCCCCAAAGAAGGAAGAUAAGUCGCGCAAAUCCAAAGCCAGGGGCGAUCAUCUCAAAAGCUGUGAUGCACUUCCUUAUAUGGACAAUUCAGGUGACUUCAGUGUUCGUGACCCUGUUACAGAGCUUCAGAUUGCCACUGCUGAGGUUUUCUA